GGAGAUGUCGGCCAGGACCCGCUGCCGGGCCGGCUGCCGGGGCUUGGCAUGCCCAUGAGGCCGGCGGGGUGCAGCCGGGGCGGGCGGCGGGGCAGCGGUGGCUCCAGCGGGGCAGCGGCAGCAGGAGACGCUCACCAUGGAGUUCACAGUGAUCGACUACAGCAUCUUCGUGCUGCUGCUGGUGCUGUCGUCGGCCAUCGGACUCUUCUAUGCACUGAGUGGGGACCGGCAGCGCACGGUGCAGGAAUUCCUCCUGGCCAACCGCAACAUGGGCUUCCUGCCGGUUGCCCUCUCCCUGCUGGCCACCUUCCAGUCCGCCGUGGCCAUCCUGGGUGUGCCGGCCGAGAUCUACCGCUUUGGCACCGAGUACUGGUUCCUCGGCUGCUCCUACUUCCUGGGGCUGCUCAUCCCAGCCCACAUCUUCAUCCCCAUCUUCUACCGCCUGCGCAUCACCAGCACCUACGAGUACUUGGAGCUGCGCUUCAACAAGACAGUGCGAAUCUUCGGCACCGUUGCCUUCAUCUUCCAGAUGGUCAUCUACAUGGGGGUAGUGCUCUACGCGCCCGCGCUGGCCCUCAAUGCAGUGACAGGCUUUGACCUCUGGAGUGCGGUGCUCACCAUGGGGCUGGUCUGCACGCUGUACACCACGGUGGGUGGGCUGAAGGCCGUCAUCUGGACAGACGUCUUCCAGACGCUGGUGAUGUUUGCGGGGCAGCUGGCUGUCAUCGUGGUGGGUGCCCAGCGGGUGGGCGGCAUGGCCCGCGUCUGGCACCUGGCGAAGCAGGAGGGCAAGAUCGCCGGCAUCGACCUGGACCCUGACCCCUUCGAGCGGCACACCUUCUGGACCCUGGCAGUGGGGGGCAUCUUCAUGAUGCUGUCACUGUACGGGGUGAACCAGGCGCAGGUGCAGCGGUACCUCAGCGCCCGCAGCGAGCGGGAGGCCAAGCUCUCCUGCUACGCCGUCUUCCCCUGCCAGCAGAUCGUCCUCUGCCUCAGCUGCCUGACCGGCCUCGUCAUGUUCGUCUACGACCGGGAGCACCCACUGGUGCCCACCCAGCGCCCCGGCUCCUCUGACCAGCUGGUGCUGUACUUCGUGAUGGACGUGCUGCAGGACCUGCCAGGGCUGCCCGGGCUCUUCGUCGCCUGCCUCUUCAGCGGGUCCCUCAGCACCAUCUCCUCCGCCUUCAACUCGCUGGCCACGGUGACGAUGGAGGACCUGGUCCGGCCCCACUACCCCAGGCUGUCAGAGUCACGGGCCACGCUGAUCUCCAAGCUGCUGGCUCUUGGUUAUGGAUUGCUCUGCCUGGGGAUGGCCUAUGUGUCCUCCAUGCUGGGCCCCGUGCUGCAGGCAGCCAUCAGCAUCUUUGGCAUGGUGGGGGGUCCGCUCCUGGGGCUCUUCUGCCUGGGCAUGUUCUUCCCCUGCGCCAACCCCACGGGUGCUGUCGUGGGGCUGCUGGCAGGCCUGGCCAUGGCCUUCUGGGUGGGCAUCGGCAGCCUGCUGUCCGGCAUGGGGGCAGCCGAGGGGGUACCCCCACCCAACAGCACCACACUCCCCCCUAUGGGCAACCUCACCACCAUCCUCGCCACCACCCUGAUGGCCCCCACGCUGGCCCCCCAGAGCCCCACGGGACUGCAGAAGUUUUACAACCUGUCCUACAUGUGGUAUAGUGCCCACAACUCCACCACCGUCAUCGUCGUGGGGCUCCUGGUCAGCCUGCUCACUGGCCCCACACCAGCAGCAGCUGUGGACCCCCGCACCAUCUACCCCGUGCUGCCUCGCCUGCUCUGCUGCCUGCCGCAGAAGUACCGGGAGAGGCUCUGCUGCGGGGUGGGCUUCCCUGCCCAGGACACCAACCACAUGGACGCCACGGUGAAGAGCAAGGGGGUGGCCAACGGCCUGGCCCCCCCUGGCUCUGGGCGGAGGGAGGAAGAGGAGGGACAGGGCUACAUCCGCACAGUGGGGGCCCCAACCUACGCUCUGCAGGAGACAUCCUUCUGAGCCCCCGCCCCGGCACGGGGGUUCCGGCCGCCCCCCCGUGCAUGUCUCCAGCACCCCGCUGGCCAGGGGGGCUCACACCCCCCGCGGGGUGCCCGCACAUGGCCGGAAAGAACCAAAUAACCGGGAGGGGCUGGGUCCCUGCCCGGGGGGGCCGCCUGGGCUGCACCCCACCGUGGGCAGCAUGGGGUCUCUCUGCCUUUGCCCGCAGCAGGCUGGCCCUGAGGCCCAGGCCCUCUGCCUGCCUGCGCCCACGCCAGCCCCUGCCCCCCAGCCAGGGGGGCUCUGGCUCUGGGACCAUGGGUGUGGGGGCGUGUUGGAGCGGUGCCCUCUCCCCCCUGCCCCUCCCCGGGCCGGGAUCCUGCCCGGUUCCCCUGGCCUGGCAUGUGCCUUACUGCACCGCUCCCAGGCUGGGGGCCACCCAGACCCCUCAGGGGGCCCAGUGCCCCCCCCACCCCCCAUACUCCCAGUCCCCUGUCACCCCUCUCUGUUCAUUUUUGCCCCAAUAAACAGUUCUGGAGCGCA